AUGUAUCUACUCAUAGUUUCAUAUUCGAAUACUCAUAAUCAAAGUCUUCCAAUAAUCGAUGCUGAUCCAAAUUUUCAAGCACAAUCACAAACUAGAAAAUCACAACUGAAACCACAUCAAAUUGGAUUAAAUGUUAAACCUGUAAAAUCGCAAACAACAAGGAAAAGAAUUAUGCAAGAGGAAAUUCAAAGAUUUCAUAAAGUAAUGCAGCAUUCAGCUUUUAAAGCGGAUCCAUUAUUAACUGUAAAACAACAUGUUGAGAAUACCGUAGAAAAAAAAGAGAGUAUUCCAAAUGAUAAUAGUUCGAUGAAUGUAGAUAAAUCUAAC